GUUGCUCCCGAAGUACUCAAGCGCAGAUCAGGCCCUGAAUCAGAUGUCUGGAGCAUUGGUGUUAUUACGUAUAUAUUACUUUGUGGGAGGCGCCCUUUUUGGGAUAGGACAGAAGACGGUAUAUUUAAGGAGGUUUUAAGAAACAAACCUGACUUCCGUCGCAAACCAUGGUCAACUAUAAGCGACAGCGCGAAAGAUUUUAUUAAAAAGUUACUUGUGAAAGACCCACGAGCACGGCUAACUGCUGCACAAGCCCUAUCACAUGCAUGGGUUAGAGAAGGGGGCAAUGCCACUGAUAUCCCUGUUGACAUUUCAGUUCUGAACAACUUACGCCAGUUUGUUAGAUACAGCCGUCUAAAGCAAUUUGCGUUAAGAGCUCUGGCUAGCACUCUUGACGAGGCAGAGAUUUCUGACCUCAGAGAUCAAUUUGAUGCGAUUGAUGUAGAUAGAAAUGGUGUCAUAAGUCUUGAGGAGAUGAGACAGGCACUUGCCAAAGAUCUUCCAUGGAAACUGAAG